AUGAUGGUCUUAUGGGAUAAGACUGUGGAACUACAAGCCCUGGACUAUACCAAUCAACUAAUACACUGUCAUGUGGGAGAUAGAAGAACUAGAUGGGAAUACCUUUUAACAGGUGUAUAUGCAAGCAAUGAAGAGAAGGAAAGAGUGAAGUUAUGGGAGAAACUUGAAUCCAUCAGUCAGUCAGCCAAUAUGGCAUGGAUUGUAUGUGGAGACUUUAACAACGUUUUAAAGCAAGAGGAGAAACUAGGAGGACAGAAAGUGCUACAAGCUGGGAUCUCGGAUCAUGCCUCGUUACUUGUACAGAUGGAACUGGAGAUGCAGUAUAAGAAGAAGCCUUUCAAAUACUUCAACAUGUGGAAAAUGGAUUCCACCUUUCUGGAAAAAGUUGAAGGAAUAUGGAAUAAAAGAAUCAGGAGGACAAAAAUGUUUCAGGUUGUGCAAAAAUUGAAAAUAUUGAAGAAAGAGCUGCUCAUGCUGAACAAGAACAAAUUCUCUAGCAUCCAAGUACAAGUGCAGGAAGCCCGAAUGGCACUUGAAAAAGUACAGAAGCAGGCUGCAUUAAACCCUGAUGAGGAACAGUUGCACCUAGUGGAAAGAGAAGCCUAUCAAUGCUACAUUAGCAAAUAUGUAGCAUUUGAUAGCUUCAUGAGGCAAAAAGUGAAGGAAGACUGGAUUAAAGAUGGGGACACCAACAGCCAAUUUUUUCAUUCCAAGCUUAAACAGCAAAUGAUGAGGAAUCGAAUAUGGUCGAUAACCAGUGAAGAAGGAGAAAUUGUACGAGAGUGGAAGCUGGUGGAAGAACACUUCCUGAAUUACUUUCAAAACCAGCUGGGACAGAAAGCUUCAAGAGAAUCUGUGAGGGAAGGAGAAGGACAGAAUAUGCCUGAAGCAGCAGUGAUUUGGUCAAGGAUGAAUGUGCCUAAGCAUGUAUUCACAGCUUGGCUGAUUUGGAAAGGGAAACUGUGGACCAGGGAUAGAUUAAUGCAGUACAAUAUCUCUGUUCAAGAUGAAAAUUGUUGCUUAUGUACAGGGCAGAAGGAGACUAUUGAACACUUGUUUUUCCUGUGCCCCUUUUCCAGUGAGUUGAUUGGCAAAAUGAAGAACUGGUUGGGGAUUCGGAACUUAGCCACUAACAUGAGGAGAUGGAAAAAGGAGGGGAUUUUUGGUGCACUUAGGCAGUUGGGAGAUCUGGAUAUUGGUAGAGAGAUUUGGUUUUUGAUGGUGUUAGAAAUUGGUGGAAUGAUGUGGUUGGGCUUUGGUGGUGAAAUUGGUUUGUGGAUGGGGUUUGUUUGUGGUUGCGUGGGUGUUGCAGCAGUGGCAAGGGUAGUAGUUGGUGGUGCCAUGAGAAUUUUGGUUGCCAACGAUGGUGUGGUUGUGUUGAUGGGUGUUGGUGUUGCUAGUGAAAUGGUUGGAGUUUUGGUAAGUGUCGGUUGUGAAAUGAAGGUGCAAGAGGUAGACUUUGGUGGUGGUAUCGGGGAAGGCGGUGUGGUCAUCGUGAUGGAAGGAAGUGACAGUGAUGACAGUACGGUGAUGGAGGCUGAUGGUGGUGUCACUUGUGGGGAAGUGGUGGUUGAUUGUGCGGCUAGUCGGGUCUCAAGUAGCUGA